UUAUAUCAUAACUGGCUCAGUAAUGUCGGGACUCGGCACCCAGAACCUGGUCAACGACAUAGCCCUCCUCCGCACCAUCCCCCCUUCAUCCCUGCCCCUCGCAAAAGCCCAGUCACCCACAACUUCCAACACGCCCCGUCAGACUCUCGAAGCGUUUGCCCCGUCAAAGGCGACCCCCGAAGAUUCACAGAGACUCGCAAAGGCAUAUGUGCAAGAAAUGAAGCGGGUCAAUGAGACACAGGGGAAGGGGGAAGGAGAGGAGGUGGGGGAGCGUAUAGAUCAGCUGAGAGCUCUUGGGGAAGAUAUCCAAAACGUUCUUGGGGAUGUCAAGGUAUGAUCGGAUGGCUCGAUACCAAGGAUCCCGAUGAAAAGCUAGAACGCGUCGACGAUAUUGUAUCAAUGGCAGAUUGGGACUAGUGUUGUAUCAUACUUCAUACUUUGAGACGAAUGCCACGGGGACAGGCCACAAUGCAUAGGGUAGCCUCGUG